AUGAAUAUAAGUAAACAAUUAAAUAGUCAUAUACCAAAAUCAUAACAUUACAUAAGAGAAUCUCUGUAUACUCUAAUAUUUACAAUUAAUUAACUUGUAAUAGCAGCAGGAUUAGAAAAAUUUAUAAUUUAUUCAUUAAAAAAUGGGUAAUUAAAAUUUUUGGGCUAAGUUAUAUAAAAUGAUAUUAUAUUUUCAUUAUGCUAGAUUAAAUGUUCUAAUUCAAUCUUAUCAGGUAAUAUUGAUGGAGAUAUUAAAAUAUGGCAUCAUACAGGAUUAUAUCAUUCUAAGUAUUUAAUGAAACUUUAGAAGCAUAAUAGUAAGAUUUCAAAUAUUAUUAUGAAUAAAGAUGAAGAUCAAAUUUAUUCAUGCAGUACUUCUAUAAUUGUUAUUGAUAAAAAAUAAUAAUAUAAAUAUUGUUAAAAUAUUUUAUAAAAUACUACAAGUAUAAGGUGUAUGAGUUUACAUGAAUCUUAGAAUAAAUUAAUAGUUUGUGGACUUGAAAAAUAAAUUAUUAUUUUAUAAUAAGAUCCUCUUGAUUUAAAAUGGAAUAAAAUAUAAAAAAUAAAUAUAAAAAUAAAUGGAGAGAGAUUAUGUUUUAUUAAUGACAAUCAAUUUGUAUUUUAAUAAUAUCUAAAAAAUCAAAUUUAAAUAUUUGAAUUCAAUUAUUCUACUAAAUAAUUUUAGUAAUCAAAAGAAAUUAAAAUAUUAAAUAUAAGUAAUAAAUGUAAUUUUGGAUUUUAAAUGUAAUUUUGUAAAGAAACAUAAAUAUUAAUCAAUAAAAAUACUUAGUUUGUAAAUAUAUUUAAAAUAACAUCAAAAAAUGAAUUUAUUAUAAUAUCACAAAUAGACUUCGAUACAUCUAAAAUAUUUGGUUCAAUGAGUGAAGAUGGAAAGUAUUUGAUAACAUGGGAUGAUAAAUCAAGAUGUGUAUAACUAUGGGAAUUGAUAGAUCUUCAUUUUUGA